CAGCAGCAAUCACCACGCGCCGCCGCCGCACUUGGUCGUCGCGCACCUCCUUCAGUCCCCGCCGCCGCCGCCGCCGCCGCCCGCUCAAUCCCACGCGUCCACGCCUCUACAGCUCGACGGCCACAUCCAGAGCCGCCCGCCGCCGCUGCUGUUGGCGACCGGAGGAUGGACGGGGAAGAAGAGAACGUCGGCCCGUUCCGCCGGACGAGCACCCGCACGCGCCGCAUGGCCACGCGCAUGGCAUCCGCGCUCGCCAGCUCUGACAACCGCGCCCAGGCUGCAUUAGCUCGUCUUGAAGCUCUUGAGAGUGAUAAUGCUGGGGUUGAGGUGGUAGAUCUUAAUGAUGAUGAGUAUGGAUCCACGGAUGAGGAAGACCCUGUGCUCAUGCAAAAGAAGCAGUCCAAGAUCAUGAAACGCAAGACAAGGCAAGGGAAAGCUUUGGAGAAGAGGGCAGCAAGAUCAUUCAUGGAUGUGCUGCAAGAAGCAAAUCUUGAGUCCCUGCCUAUUAAUGUCCCAACAUAUUUGAGGGCUGCUGUGGGUCCACCGAGUACUUCAUCUCCACGCCACUACUGCUCAGUUUGUGGGAGUUCUGCAAACUACACAUGCGUGAGGUGUGGGACACGGUUCUGUUCGUGCCGCUGUCAAGUCAUACACAAUGACACUCGCUGCCUUAAAUUUGUAGCUUGAUCUACUGGAUAGUACGAGCUACAUUUGAUGUAUAUCUAGUCCCCAACGAUGCUUCGUCUACGCUUUAAUCAGUAGGAUAUGCUUGCUGUGUAUGUUUUGUAUUUCAUAGCCAGUGUUGGUUCUGUAAGUGGUAGGAUUAGUUACUACAGUGUUGGUGAAGAGUACACUCUGUAGCGGAGAAGCACUACAACAGCCCCAAAAAAUCACGCCGACACGAACGGAAGUAAGCAAGAUACCUUCGGAGCAGGGACUUAAUAUACUAUUCAUCCGGAAUCCACCGUAUUCUGUCCCGCGAAUUCCGUCCCGCCAGCUGCAGGUACAGGGGUGUACAGGGGUAUUUAUAGGGGACUGUUUACGUACCUCUCCGUAAUUACACCUUUUUACCACUCAA